AUGGCUUCCCAGACACAGAAUGGAAAUUUGGAAGAAGUUUCCCAUGAAAAGAUUACAGCUGUAGAUUUCCUGAUCAAGACAGCUACUAUUAUACAAAAGAUCGAAAAAAAUCUGGAGCUUAACCGGCUAGAUAGGAAGAAAAUCCGCGAGCUCCUGAACGAAUACUCCCGCCGUGCCGAAUCAGAUGGGAGACUUAUGAAUGCCGCAAGACAAGAUGAUCAAUGUGCCAACCGAGGACUAUUUCUGGCAUACACUCACAUGGAGCUACUAUGCUGGCUGGCGAAAAAUAACUUCAAUAUUCCAUCGUCGUCGAUAAGAUGGUACAGCUUGCGGCAAUUUCUCCCAAAGUACCGUAUUCCGUCAUUCUGGUCCUCCGCAAAACCAUCAGAACUGAAAAGUCAGUUGAAUCAUAUCAAGAGGACAGCUGCUUUGGUUCAUGCGGAUCUUCAAGCCCAUCGUAUUUCCGUCCCUGAAACCGCCAUCGAAUAUCCUAGCGUUUCGGUAGGAGAGCCCGCCACCCAGCCAACAGAAUGUGAUGAACCCUUCUCCUCCUCUCGAUGA